AUGACUUCUGUAAUUUCAGGGGAGGGUGUGACUAGUGAGGUUCUGGACAUGGUAACAGAAGAACAACUGGAACGGCUAGGAAUCAGCCCAUUGGGAAGGAGACUGGAAGCACUUAAACUUCUGAGAGAAAUCACUGGAAGACUUUAUACUUAUAAGAUUGUGAAUGACCCAAUUCAUGGCCACAUCGAGAUCCACCCUCUGUGUGUGAAAAUAAUUGACACCCCACAAUUCCAGAGACUGCGAUUUCUUAGACAACUUGGUGGAAGUUAUUUUGUAUACCCUGGAGCGUCUCACAAUAGAUUUGAACAUUCUUUGGGAGUUUGUUAUCUGGCAGGAGAGCUGGGGUCCACCCUUAGAAAACGACAGCCAGAACUCGGAAUCUCAAACAAUGACAUCUUGUGUGUCCAGAUAGCAGGACUCUGUCAUGACCUUGGACAUGGUCCUUUUUCCCAUAUGUUUGAUGGAAAGUUCCUACCAGUGGCUAGACCAGAUAAGAAAAUCAAGCAUGAAGCCCUGUCUGUGAAGAUGUUUGAUCAUCUAGUCGAGAGUAAUGAUCUAUACUCUGUAUUUGAGAAAUAUGGUGUCACAGAACAGGACAGGACCUUUAUCAAAGAACAGAUAGCUGGACCUCUUAAACAUAAGUCUAAGAAAAAAUAACUAUGUAAGUGGAAAGUUAGCAAGG